AAAGUAUUAAGCCACACUUACAAAUGUUUGACAAGUGUGUAUCUUAACCUUGAGUUCUAAUAUUUUUAUUUUAUUUUUUGGAAAUGUUUAGCUUGGAAAAUGCGCUUGAGAUGUCCUUCUUUAAAAAUAAAUGCCACUUGGUUUGAGAAUAGAAAAGACAAAAACAGAUUUAUGAACAGAUCUAUGAUUCAUUUUUAUGUUUCAUUGCUAGUCAACCCCCCACCCCCCCGUUUUUACUGCACUCUGUCCUCGUUUCCUAUCUUUCUUUCUCAGAGCUGCCAAGUCAUCUGGAAAACACCUUCUCUCAACCUCCAUAUUCCGUUCGAUACGGUUGCAACGUUCACAUGAUUGUGAUUGUUAUUCAGAGGGCUCCUGUCAAGCAGUAUUCCGUUAUAGCACCUACAACGCCUGCGAUAAAGUUUUAGCAGGUGACACAAACGCACCUGUUCAUGUAAUGGCCAAUAUUCCCAGUUGAGUUACGGUCACAGUGAGGAGUUAUCUUAAUAUUGAAACCGAGGACCUCAGUAUAUCGACUCAAACGUUUGUCAUUAGCGUAGCUGUGAAAGCUAAUGCUUCAUUCGUCUAAAGAUCGAAUGUCCAACAUGGAAGUUAACGUCCCCUUCACUUUGAAAUUCCUGCUGUAGAUAAUAAAGCUCUUUAAAGGGUUAGCAUGUGUAAUGUAGGUAUGAGUAAAUAUUUGUGUCUGAGACUCAUUUUCAAAAGAAGCGAUAUCAUUAACUUGAUUCAGACGAACAAAUAUAAUUUGUGACUCUUGAUUUACUCUCUGAAAACCUUCAUAAACUCUCUCUCUCUCUCUCUCUCUCUCUCUCUCUCCCUCUCACUCAGUUCCAUCCCACAGGAGUAAAAAUUUUGCAGAUUGAGAAAUUCCUUUGUUUAAGAUUUGGAAUUUUAAUUUGAAAAACACAUGGAAACUUUCACUUCCAAACCUCAGGUCAAGUUUUUCCGAUGUGGACUGGAUGAGUGGGGAGGGAGAGAGAAUAAAAACAAGUUUUAGUGAUUGUCUUGUUGGAAGCACUAUGGUCUCGAGCGUUUUGUGGAUCUCGGCUCAGGUGCUGGCGUUUAUGUGCCUCCUGAUGCCAAGCUCUGGGUAUCUGGUGCUGCGUGAAGGAGACAAAUGUGGAGAUUACAUCGAGGGAGCGUGUGAGAAAGAUCUCGUCUGUGUGUCUACUGAACCCUCAUCCAUGUUCUACGCCGUAGGAGUGUGCUCCAGGCUUUCAAAUUGUAACUGCUCUGAGUUCCAGUGUCCACCGUGGCGACGUGGUGAGUAUUGCAGUCCAGUGAUGGAUCCGUGUGGGUGUUGUUCUCAAUGUGCCAAAGGGGAAGGGCAGGUGUGCGGUGGUCCGAGUUGGAGAUACGGUAACUGCGAUUGGAGAACGAUUUGCGCGCUUGUUGUGGGACUUGAUUCGGUCAGAGCUCCACAGAUAGGCGUGUGCAAAGAGGUGCCAAGUCAUCUGAAAGGAACCUUCUCUAAACCUCAGUGUCCUGCUCAGUAUGGUUGCAACGUUCAUGUUGGGAAUUGUGAUUGUUAUUCAGAUGACUCCUGUCGUGCAUCAUUCAGUUAUAGCACCUACGAUGCCUGUGAUAAAGUUUUAACGGCUGACAGGAUGUAUGACAGCGAGGCGCAAAAAAACGAUCCCGAACCAGAGGAACCUAAGAGGGAGUGUACGGAGUGGGGUUGUGAGGUUCAGGGCUGCGAGUGUGUGUGUCAGCACAGAAAGUGUGACAGCAUGAAACCUCCACUCUACGAGACCGCCUGCUGCAACAUUCUGAGGGAAUCUGGUUGCCAAAAUGCAACCUGUCCUGAGAUUCCCCCUCCACCUUGUCCGGCAGACUCCUUCAUUAGUCAGCCCUACACUGAACCCGGUCAGUGCUGCCCCGUCGUGCCCCCUAUGUGCACCUGCAACUUCAAAACCUGCGCCCCAAAACCCAAAUACUGCGAUGGUGGAUAUCCCAGACUCGUAGAAAAGGGUAACGGCCACCCGGGGUCCUGCUGUGACCGUUAUGAGUGUGUGAAAGAAGAGAAUUGAAUAGGACAUGGACACACACACACACACACACACACAGAUAACAUUCAGGGUUUUCAAAUCAGAGGAAAACAUUGCGAAAGUGCAUCGGAUCGUCCGAGAAUGGAACUGAAUGAUUCACAGCUAAUCUUUAAAGCUAAUCUCUGGCUCUGUAUUUCUUUUAACCAAGCUCAGUUACUUAAUUCUAUUGUGAGUCAUCAGUAAAUCUUUAUUUUUAUUUUUACUUUAACCUUUUGCAUUUAUACCUUACAAAGUGAAACCAUUUACUCCACUGUAUUGAACAAAACUUUUAUACAAUUCAAUAAAAGAGUAAAAAGCA